AUGGUGCAAGGCGGGCACAUUCCUCCGGAUCGCUCCCAAAAGGCACAUAUGAACACUAAAUGUAUGCGGGUCCUCGACGAGCUCUCCCAGGCUCUGCCCUUCAGUCGAAUUUCACCUCAGUCAACGAAACACGGACUUUUAUUUGGCCAACAUUAUCUUUAUGCCAACUAA